GUACCAGUCUAUUGCUUACUUUAAAUAAAAGUUCUUAUGUUGUUUUUCAGGUGGAAAACAAAUUCAAGUUUUGAGAAGAUGAGUGUGUUUACGCAGAAAAAGAAUCCUAUAACAGGGAAGACCGAGUGGGACAUCCAGCAUGAAGAUUACGACUAUCAUCAGGAGAUCGCGCGGUCUUCGUUCGCAGACAUGCUGCAUGAUUCUGAGCGGAAUAGAAAGUAUCACCGUGCCUUGCAAAAGGCCAUACAGAAGAUGCAUGAUGCAGGGAAGCAGGCUAAUGUACUUGACAUUGGCACUGGAACUGGCCUUCUAGCAAUCCUGGCUGCACGAUGCGGUGCAGACUCAGUAGUGGCAUGUGAGGCUUUCAAACCUAUGGCAGAUUGCUGCAUCAAAAUCUUGAAGGCAAACAGAGUGCAGGAUAAGAUUACAGUCAUACCUAAACGCUCUACAGACAUGACCGUUGGUGAAGAUGGGGAUAUGAAGCAAAAAGCUAAUAUCUUGGUUACGGAGGUUUUCGAUACUGAGUUGAUUGGAGAAGGUGCUCUGCAAACGUUUACGCAUGCCCACGAGCACCUAUUAGAGAAAGACUGCAUUGUAGUACCAGACUCUGCGGUGAUCUAUGUUCAAGUCAUGGAAUGUACCUAUUUGUGGAAAUGGAAUAAAUUGGAGAAUUUAUAUGAUGAAGACUUGAACUUCAAUUUGAUGACACCAGAAAAGAUGCUAGAUUGUGCGGGCACUGCUGCAGUUCAUGACCUACAGAUGUCGCAGCUUCGUCGCCAUCAAUUCAUUGAGCUCUCAGAGCCAAUACCAGUGUUCUAUUACGACUGGUCCGGCAAGAUUCCUCUCGAGAAACGGCGUGUGGUCAAACAACAAUUUAAAGCUGUUGAUCCUGGAAGAGCUCAUGUUGUUUUUAUGUGGUGGGAACUCAAUAUGGACACUGAAGGAAAAAUAAUCUUAUCUUGCGCUCCAUGGUGGUGCCACCCUGCUGCAAAAGUAUCAGGCGAAUACCCACAGGACUCCAUACCCUGGCGCGAUCACUGGAUGCAAGCUGUCUAUUACUUCCCAAGACCUUUAGACCUACACCGCCAUCACGACUAUACUCUUGUCUGCUGCCAAGACGAAUAUUCUCUCUGGUUCUACGUAGAAAAUGUUGAAGACGAGAAUGACUUUGGCAUGGAAUAUUACCAGCGGCCGGUUUGCGACUGCCGCAUACACAUGGCUUGGCCACGAACGCACGUGGCGAAUCUUAACGAUCAUGUACGAAAUAAGAUAUUCUUGAACCAAUUGAAGCAACAGUUGAUGGAAGUGGGCAAUAAUGCCGUUGUGUUAGAUUUGAAUGGCAGUAGUCUUUUGGGAUUGUUUGCUUCGAAGUUGGGAGCGGAGACUGUUUAUAUUUUGGAAGAUAAUUCUCUGAAUUUAGGCAUCCUUAGAGACUACAUGAGGGCGAAUCGUAUAAAGAAUGUAAAGUUCUUAACGGAGGAACAAGUGACUGAUGAUUUGAUGAAGGACAUUUCCAUUGUUACUUGUAAUCCGAACUUCAGUUCAGCGCUACUGCCUUGGGAGAAUUUGAAGUAUGUGCACUUGCUGUACCAGUUCAGGAAAAAAUUCAAUACGACGACUGCCUUGAUGCCUGAUUUUUGUACGUUUUACGCGAUGCCUGUUGAAUUUUUGGACUUGCACAAAAUAAGGAUUCCUUUGGGAAAAUGUGAGGGUAUUGACAUGUCCCCAUUUGACCACCUUAUUGAGAGUUCCCGCGGAAUAAGCGACGCGGAACUCGAAGCCCAACCCCUGUGGGAGUACCCGUGCCUCUGCCGCGGCCUGCCGCGCAAGCUGCUCGAGUUGGACAUGCACGAUAUUAACGUCACUUACGCACGAAACGAGUCAUAUCAGAUUGCUAACGAUGGAGAUCGCGUCCAGCCAAUAAACGGUUUUGCAAUUUGGACGAUUUGGAAGUUUGGAAUCAAGCAGAUCACGACAGGGCUCACGCUGUGGCCCCUUAUCGGCGACCGCCUGUACUGGGAGCCUUACACUCGACAGGGAGUUAAGAUUUUGAAGCAAACCUACAAAAUGAAGCCGACUGAUGAAUGGAGUUGCCAAAUAGCGGCUGACCUCGAAACAGGCCAGUUCAACCUGAAUAUUGACCUGGUCAACGCCGAAAGACGCAUCCCUGCCUCCAAACGCAGGAAUUCGCCAGUUCCUUUACAACCUUGGCGUCUGCGACGAUUAUUGCGUACCUCGAAGACUGCUAACUGAAAAUCGUACGAGUGUAAAUUAGAAGAUAAUUUUUUUUCUCAAGAGGAUGCAAUUUGUUAGUAUUUUCUUCGUUUAUUCAUGUCACUACGCUAUAAAACCCACUGUCCACCACUAAAAUGGAAUACGAGAUGUAUUUCAAUGACUAACGAGAAAGAGAUAUCAAUGUAUUUUGAUAUGUGCCUACAGUUGCGCAUUUUUUUUUGUUUAAAAACAGGACCUUAGGUUCGCCUUCAAAUUAGACGCUUAUACAAGCGAGUUACAAUAUUUCUGUGGCUUUUGUGAAAAGGUGUAGAAGUAAAAAAAUACAACUUUAUAGGAGACCCGAAAAACAGUUAAAGCUUAAUAUGAUAUUAAGCGUCACGUUUCCUCGUAAAGUUGGCUUUUUUGACUUGCAUCCGUGACCGAACGGUUACCAUGCCAUGACUGCCACGCUCCUGGGUUUGAUUCUCAGGCCGGGAGAAAUAUUUGUAUGGCCUACAUUUAUUUCUCUCGCGAGUUGCAGCGCCACUGUCGUGACACGCGCGUGCCACUGCAGUCAGUAUAGUUUGCAGUCAUUAUAAGUGAACUAAAAAUGACUGAAUCAUUACAAGCGUCUAUAAGUAUAAUUUGAAGGCGCCCGUAAACACAUCUCCGCUUUGGUGGAUAAGGGGUCUCGAGAGCUGUGUGCCGCUGGCAAUUGAUCUUUACGAUUUUGAACCUAGACAAAAUUUUAAGUGCAUAUAAUUUUUACAGAGUGUGUUAUGUGCAAUAAUUAUAAUAAAUUCAAUUAGAAGUGAAUUAUUUUAUGUAUAAAAUUUUGUUGUGCAUUGUGUAAUUCUGAAUUUAGAACACGUCUUAAAUAAUAACAAAAUCACGUUCGGAAAUUUGAUGUUUCUUAUUUGAACAGACCUCGGUCGCUAGCGACAACACUAGUCAUAGUAAAAAUAAAAACGAAUGAAAUAGGUUUAACGCUAAGUUCUCUAUAACGAAUUACCUUAUAAGGUCGAGUCGUUUAUAGAAUCAAGCUAUCUAAAAACACAAGCGUAUUCCUUGUAAGUGUCUCACCUGUAGGAUAUUAAUUUAUAAUUAAUAAAAUUUUUCCAGAGAUCGCUAUUUUAUUUUAGAGUUGCUCACU